AUGACGGUCGCGCUUUGCAAAAACCCAGAAGGCUUCAGAAUAAACUGCAAUGCCUUCCAGCAGGACGCGAUCACGACUUUUGCGGGCGCAGAGUACGCGGCUGCCUACCAGCCUUCGGAUCCAGAGAACGCUCUCUCACCUCGACUCAUAACUCUUGCGCGCCGGAUCAUUAACGAUGCUAAUGCUGGAAAGUGGGAGUGUUUUGCAUUUGACGACUACUUGCAGACCACGAACGACGGACACAACGUCAUCAGCAUUGGAAUCAGCGGCGACGGGGUUAUUCAUCUCUCUUGGGAUCUGCAUGGCGACAAAAUCAACUAUCGAGCAUCUGAUCCAGGCCUUGCAAAUGACCCUUCCCGUCCAUGGGCUGCCGACGCUUUUAAGCCUAUUCAGAACGAUUUGUCGGGUAUUCAGCUGUCCAUGGUCACAUAUCCUCGCUUUCUCCGCAUGCUCAACAACGACCUUCUCUUUGAGUUCCGGAUCGGGAAGUCAGGCUUGGGUGAUGACUACCUAUACCACUAUAGCAGCAAAACAAGCACCUGGAGUCCUGUGGGCAAACACUCGGGGAUGUACCUCAAGGGGGUUGAGAAUAACGCCUACAUAAACGGCAUCGAUCAAGACAGCUCUGGUCGUCUCCACGUCUCGUGGACAUACCGCGACUACGUCGAAGAUAGACCUGAGUUCCUUUCUGAAAAAGUCCGCCAAACAGCAACGCGCAACGCUGGCCCGAACGGUCCCGAAAACAAUCAUGAUCUGUACUACAUCUACUCUGACGACGAAGGCGCUACAUGGCGCAACACCCAUGGAGAGCUGCUCUCGCUUCCCGUGACGCCUGAUGCGCCAGGCAUCAAAAUCUACGAUAUUCCCAAGUUUAGCGGAAUCAUGAAUCAAGAGGGGCAAACUGUUGACAGCAAAGGUGGUUUCCACGCACUGAACAGACAGGACGGAUUUUAUUACCACUACUAUCGCUCACCAGAUGGCUCGUGGACGAGGAGCAAAAUCCUAGAUCUGCCUGCGAUCAGCUUUGGCGAUAGAGGAAAGCUUGUAGGCGGGAGUGAUGGAGAUGUUUAUGCCUUGCUACCUGGAAAUGUAGGAAGCGAUACGUUUACAAUUACAAGGUGGGCUCGGGGAGGUUGGUCGAAAGUAUGGCAGGAGGAUGGAUACACUGGAGAGCCAUGUGUCGACAGAUACUUGAAGGAUGGAGUAUUGAGGAUUCUGCAAAUCAGGCAAGGCAAGGUCGUUGCAUUGGCGAUACCUUUUUAA